AUGGCGCUUAUCCAGGACUGGGUCCCCCCGACCCGGGGAAACUGGGAGUUGAUUCUCUACUACUGGCAGAUCGGUUACCCAGCUCUUUCUUUGGCGCAGCUUGCCACUUCGUGGUACGGCAUGGGCAAAACCUCGGUCGAGAGUCGCCUCAAUAUCCCCGGACGCGUGGCCUGGUUCUUCAUGGAAUGUCCUGGCUUUACCCUGCUCCUCUACAUCAUGAACACACUACCGAAGCAGGUUGGCAUAACGCACUUGCCGUGGCAGAACAAGAUUCUUGCUGGCCUUUUUGUCAUUCACUACCUCUACCGCGCUGUCCUCUUCCCGUUCAUCCAACCGUCCAUGUCACCCAUCCACGCCGCAGUCUUCCUCCUCGCCGCAACCUUCCAGGUCGUCAACGCUACCUGCAUCGGCGCAUACCUUGCCGCCUAUGGUCCCGUCACCGAUGCCGAGUGGUCCGCCGCGCGCGCGCCGUUUUCGACCGCACAGUUCAUCGUUGGCGUCGCCAUCUUCGCCGCCGGUCUCGUGGGGAACUACCUGCACGACGAGGAGCUUCGGGAGAUCCGCCGCACCGAGCAGCGCCGGCAAGAGAAGGUGGUUCGAGGACAGCAGCAGAAGGGAAAGACAAGAGUCAGCGUGGACAAACACUACAGCGUUCCCGAGGCCAUGCUCUUCCGCUACGUCCUCUACCCUCAUUACUUCUGCGAGUGGGUCGAGUGGUUCGGUUUCUGGGUCGCCUCAGGUUGGAGCGUCCCGGCCAGGGCGUUCCUCGUCAACGAGAUUACGGCUAUGCUGCCGAGGACGAUCAGGGGAAGACAGUGGUAUAUCAACCGCUUUGGCGAGGAGAAGAUUCGGAAGAAGUGGACCGUUGUCCCGGGGGUGUACUGA